AUGUUUGCUCACCUCCGUCCCGCCGUGGAUGGGUCUGCACCCAACAUGUUCUCUCACUUGAACGGCAACACGGGCGGCGCGCCCACCGAGCCACAUCCUCAUCUUCAGCUUCUCCAAGACAAUCUCCCAAAGACGACGGUCUCUGGCUCCGUUCCCAUCUUCACGUCUGAAGUCAUGGAGUCGCUUCCUGAAGCCGAUCGCCCGUCUCAAUACGGUCUUCUGGCUUCCGACAUCGCGUCUGGGCCCUCGCAGUCUUGCGACUUCAAUCACCGUGACGCAAUGAACUCCCGCAUUUUCUACAAUGUCGCUGACCCGUCGAGCACAUUCAUUUGCGGCAGUCAGGGCUCGGGCAAGAGUCACUCCCUCAGCACGAUUCUGGAGAACUGCUUGCUUCCUUGUGAUGCGAAUGAACUCCCCCGCCCACUCUCUGGCCUUGUUUUUCACUACGACACGUUCAUCUCCGAUACGGGAGGCAUGCCUUGCGAAGCGGCCUACCUCUCUAGUCACCCGGGAGUGAACGUUCGGGUGCUUUGCGCUCCUUCCAACUUCUGGAACAUCAAGCGCAUUUACAGUGGCCUUCCCAACGUGACCGUCGAAAUGCUUCGAAUUAACCAGUCCGACUUGAACACGCAGCGCAUGCUGGACCUCAUGGCAGUCAGCUCAGUCAAGGGAGGCGGCCUGCCUCUGUAUCUUCAUGUCAUCAGUCGCAUUUUACGCGACAUGCGAAUUCAACAGCAGUCGACCAACUCAGCAUUUAACUACACAAUGUUCAAGACACUGGUCAGCCGUGAAGACUUGAAAGAAGGUCAGAUGGUUCCCUUGCAGCAGCGGCUGGAAACUCUCGAGAGCUUCAUGGUUCCCGCUCAAACCAACUCCAAGUUCCGGACCGCGGGUCAAGGAAUCAAUUGGCAGCUCAAGGCUGGCCAGCUCACUAUCGUCGAUCUCUCGUGCCCUUGCGUCACCGCCGAGGCGGCUUGUUCGCUCUUCAAUAUCUGUCUCAGUCUCUUUCUGGAGCAGAAGGGCACCGUCGGCCGUAUUGUGGCUCUCGACGAGGCUCACAAAUACAUGACCGACAGCUGCGAUAGUCAGACGCUGACAGAGUCUCUUCUUUCGGUCAUUCGUCUUCAGCGACACCUGGGCACUCGAGUCAUUCUGUCUACACAAGAGCCCACCAUUUCGCCAAAGCUCCUUGACCUUUGCUCUACUGUCAUUGUCCAUCGAUUUACGUCACCCGCUUGGUUCAAUGUACUGCAGAAGCACCUAGCUGGUGUCAAUACAGACGCAUCUGAUCUCAUGUCGCACAUUGUCGAAUUGAGGACGGGCGAGGCCCUCUUGUUUUGCCCAAGUGCGAUGGUGAGUGUGUCUCGAACGCAUGUGUCGGAUCAGGUAUUCUUCCGCCGACUUGCAAACAGUCGUAUGAAGGUUCGAGUAAGACAGCGAGUGACUGCGGAUGGCGGCAAGAGUAUCAUGGCAGACUAA